CACAGGAGAGACCGAAGCUCUUGUCAUUCACACUGAGUGAAACGCCACAAACAAACACGGAUUUGAUCUGGAAAAGGGAUAUUUGUGUCGACACAGGAGGAACAGGAGGUCUGACCGAUGAACUUGGAAAAAUCUGGUGGUUUCCACAACGCCGUGAGGCAGCUGGACAUGGAGUCGAAGGUCAACAAGCUCACGUUUGGUUUUCAGCGGAGCUCCACGUCAGACGAUGACUCCGGCUGCGCUUUGGAGGAAUACACCUGGGUGCCACCAGGACUGCGACCAGAUCAGGUCCAACUCUACUUCUCCUGUCUACCUGAGGACAAAGUCCCUUAUGUGAACAGCCCUGGGGAGAAACACCGCAUCAAACAGCUCCUGUACCAGCUGCCUCCUCAUGACAAUGAGGUGCGAUACUGCCAGUCCCUCAGUGAAGAAGAGAAGAAGGAGCUUCACAUGUUCAGUGUUCAGAGAAAGAAGGAAGCUCUCGGGCGAGGAACCCUGAAACUGCUGCCACGGACUCUGCUUCAUGCCACCUGUGAACAUUGCUCAGAGAGCAUCAGUGGAGGGGAGAUGGUGGUGUUUGCUUCACGAGCAAGACCUGGACAGUGUUGGCAUCCAGCGUGCUUCAGCUGCUCCACCUGCAAUGAGCUGCUGGUGGAUCUCAUUUACUUCUACCAUGACGGGAAUAUCCACUGUGGUCGACAUCAUGCUGAACUGUUAAAGCCGCGCUGUUCUGCCUGCGAUGAGAUUAUUUUUGCGGAUGAAUGCACGGAGGCAGAGGGUCGGCACUGGCAUAUGAAGCACUUUGCCUGCUUUGAAUGCGAGACCGUCCUGGGUGGUCAGCGGUACAUCAUGAAGGACGGUCGGCCUUACUGUUGAGGUUGCUUUGAGUCUCUGUAUGCCGAAUACUGCGAGGCCUGUGGUGAACACAUUGGAGUGGACCAUGCCCAAAUGACGUAUGAUGGUCUUCAUUGGCAUGCCACUGAUGCUUGUUUCAGCUGUGCUCAGUGCAAGACUUCCUUGCUUGGUUGUCCUUUUUUACCCAAACGAGGCAGAAUCUAUUGUUCUAGGGACUGCAGCAUGGGUGACGACAUUCACGCCUCUGAUUCUUCCGAGUCAGCCUUCCAGUCCGGAAGAUCUCGAGAGUCACGCCGCAGUGUGAGGAUGGAAAAAAGUAGUCGCUCUGCAAAUCAAUGUCGACAGUCUCUUCUCUUCUCUCCAGCAGCCAACUAUAAGUUCCCUGGACUCUCGGGCAACGCUGAUGACACCUUGUCCAACAAGCUGUCCCAGUUGAGCUUUGCAGACAACCACUUUUGGAGGAACCGAGAGGAGCAGGAAGCAGCUGAAGACAAUGAGGAUUGGGCUGAGCAUGAUGACUACAUGACCCAACUCCUCCUCAAGUUUGGAGAACAUGGCAUGUUCCAGCAGCCAGAGGACGGCAGGCCAACUGACCCCUGGAUGACCGAUUCUGAGGUCAAAAACAAGACCGAGUCAAGGGUGUCUGGUAGUGUUGGGAAUGGGAGUCUGGCCAGUAAAAAAUACAAGGCGGACAUGCACUGGGCACAGUCUCAGGAUGGACUGGGCGAUUCCGCCUACGGUAGUCACCCUGGACCUGCGAGCAGCAGAAAACUCCAGGAGCUGGAUCUAGAGCAUGGAGCCAGCUUUAAACAUGAAGAUAAACAGUGGUAUAAUGACUCGCUAGAGUGCAUCACGGAUGAACUUAAACAAGCCGAGCACAACGUCAGAGACUCAAUGGAUUCCUUAGCGCUCUCCAACAUCACAGGUGCUUCCGUCGAUGGGGAUAUGAAAGACAAACCAUUGCUCUACUCUUUCCAAAAGUAUUCUGGGCUUCAAAAUGAGAACUGUGAGAACAUGAGCAACAUGGGAACGCUGAACUCCUCAAUGCUUCACAGAAGCACCAACUCCCUCAAGAGCCUCACCUCUGAGCUGGAGCAUGUGGAUGUCGUUGAAGAGGAGGAACAGGAGCAGGUGGUUCCAUUCCCAGAGGAGAGGCCCAAACCACCUCACGUACCUGUUUUAAGAAGGACCAAGUCCCAGUCCAAACCACAGCAGGUGAAGUUCUCAGAUGAUGUGGUAGAUAAUGGACGAUAUGAUGACUUGGUGGUACGACAGGCUCCCAUGAGUGAACGCACACGUAGGCGAGCAUAUCGGUUUGAUGAGCAAGACCAGCACAGUCAUCGGCAUCACCACAGGCGACGCAGGAGUCGAAAAUCUCGCUCGGACAACACACUUAACAUGGUGCCCAAAGAAAAGGCUUCAAGGAGCUUCAAAGAGGACCAUCGGCAGUGUCAGCCAAGUCCAAACGCCCGCCAUGGACAGAGUUCCUGUGUAAACGCUGAUUCCGACAGAUUGCACAACCAGGCUGCAGACAGGUUUCUUUGUCUGUAUGGGGAUGAAGAUGACUGGUGCUCUACCUGUUCCUCUUCAUCAUCUGAAUCAGAGGAGGAAGGCUUUUUCUUGGGUCAGCCAAUUCCACAACCAAGACAACCUCGGUACCAGUAUUACGCUGAUGAACUUCCCUUUGGCACACGGACAAAGUCCAAACAGAAGCGAGGACGAAAGGGCAAAAACUGCAUAAUUUCGUAGAAUAGAAUACAAAACUGUUGACUCUCUGAAUUUUCAUCUGUCUUUUAACAGAUUUAAACCUACAUUGAACACUGACGCAACAAAGCAAAUGGUCAUUUAUUUAGAGAGUUGGAGAUUUCCAGAGACAUUAGCGAGAGCGGCCGUUGGUGAUGUGACUGAAGGCCAAAGUAUACUUCGGUUUUCUGCAUGCCACUAUGUCUCGCGCACAGUGAGCAAUGGAAAUUUCUUUUUCAGCACAGUACGCGUGUACUAUCUUGUGCAGCCCAGUUUUUCUAGAUAUGUGGACAGUCUGUGUCUGUGCACUUCAUUCACAAUGCUUUGUAGUGCGCAUGUUUUGAACGCAGCCAUAUGGGCUCGCGGGUCAAAAAAUACACUUUGAAAGGCUUAACGAUUGACUGUGUGCAAGAUGUAAUGGCACGUGGAAAAACGAAGUAUAUCCUAGGCCUUAAGCUGAGCAGCUUUAUGAAAACGUAUGCAAAUGAACAGCGACACAAUGCAGCUAUUACCAAUGUGAAUAAAGUAAGUGACGUGAUCUGCCCGCCUGAUACAGUUGCAUACUGCAGUCAAGUAGAAAUGCCUUCUAGCAACCAGCGGCACAAAGACUUGGUGACCUCCAGCGAUUCAAUCGCUGUCAGUGUGAACGCACCUUGAAAAUGCAACUUGGUCCAGAGGUUGCUCUUUCCAUUUUAUAGCAAUUGGCUUUAAGUUCAAGACAGUUACCUGUCUUACCAUGCAUUGACUUUGUAGGCCAAUGCGGUUUCCAAACCAUGCUUAAUUGCUGCAGCAAUGCAUACUAGGAUCUUAAGUGAUUGUAGUCUUUGAAAGAAUCAAAAGAAUAUUAUAUUUAUGAAGCCACUUUUAGAAACUAACAAAGAGAAUAAUUUAACAUUGCAAAUAUGAAUGUAUAUAUUGUAAAAUGUUGAGUUAAAGCUAAUAUUUUUAUAUCCCUGAGUUUCAAAAGUUUUUUUUAAAGAAUGUUUCUUGAAAAAAGUACUACAUAACAAAUGUUUGCAGAGAUUUCACUUUUGUUAAUCAGGGUUUUAAAAAUAAAUAUAUAACAUGCCACAGUCAAAAGCAUUGCAGGAAAUCUUAAUGCAUGUGUUGUGUACCAAAAACACUGACUGCAACACGUACAUGAUGCGUAUUAUCCAGAGCUUGUUUGGGGGUAAUGCUAUUGUUGGAUCAUAAAGACAGUACACUGUAAUAUGUAUGAAUGCAAACUGGAAUUUAAGGCUAAUAAUAAAAAUAUAUGAAUGAUA